AUGUCGAUCAAGCUUCUUUCCCAGAAAAUCGCUCAGCAGAUUGAUUUGGACCUGAUGAACCCGGCCCUCGGCGGGUUCUCCAUCGACCAGCUCAUGGAACUUGCGGGCCUCAGCGUUGCCGAGGCUAUCCACAAAGUUUACGAUAUUCAGACCCAUCGGCGGGUGCUGGUCGUCGCCGGCCCGGGAAAUAACGGCGGUGAUGGCCUCGUUGCAGCCCGGCACUUGCGUCACUUCGGGUACCGACCAUCGAUCUACUAUCCAAAGCAGCCACAGAAGCCGCUCUUCAUGAACUUGGUUACCCAGUGUCGGAAUCUGGAUAUCCCUUUUGUCGAUGACUUUCCAACCGAGAUCAGGCAGCACGACCUGCUGGUGGAUGGCAUCUUCGGAUUCAGCUUCUCCGGAGAGAUUCGCGAGCCGUUUGCAUCGAUCAUCAGGACCAUCAAGUCUGCCUCGCUCCCCGUGGCCUCGAUUGACAUUCCCUCUGGCUGGGAUGUCGAGAAUGGCAACAUCGGCGGGGACGGUCUGGAGCCCGAGCUGCUGAUUUCGCUCACGGCACCAAAGCUCUGCGCUCGUCACUUCAAAGGCAAACACCACUAUCUCGGUGGCCGAUUCAUCCCCCCAUCUAUGGCCAACCAGUACGAGCUGAACCUGCCCCGAUACAACGGGAGCGAGCAGUCCGUGAAGCUCUAG